CUUGUUGUUCCGGAAGAUCGUUGCAACGGAAAGGCACACCCGGAAGCGAAGACGCAAGAAGCGACGACAGACAGACGCGGUGAAACUGUGCAGCUGUACCGGAGCAUUAGAACGAACGUAGAGUAAAUUGUUUAGCAUUAAAUUGAUAGUCGAUAAAUUUCGCGCCGCUGUAAGGAGAGUUUGUUUGUUGCGAGAAGAAAAAGUAGCGAAGGCACCGAAGGUUUUUGGCAGAUUCCCCCACCAGAGCAGAAUUAUCACAAUAUUGCGGUGCGCGGUUUUGAGUGAAGACGUAGCGUAAACACCGUAGCUAACAGAGAUAACCGACAGCAAAGAUGGGUGCCUUCCUGGAGAAACCAAUGACCUCGAAGCACAAUGAGCACGGUGAAGGGAAUGGGCUCCGGUACGGUGUCGGCUCGAUGCAGGGCUGGCGCUGCGAGAUGGAAGAUGCGUACCAUGCCAAAACCGGUCUCGGCGAGAGCCUGGAAGACUGGAACUAUUUCGCCGUGUUCGAUGGGCAUGCGGGUGACAAUGUGGCCAAGCAUUGUGCAGAAAAUCUGCUCCAGCGUAUCGUUGCCACGACCGAGUUCGGUAACAAUGACAUUACGAAGGGCAUACACACCGGGUUCUUGCAGCUGGACGAAUCGAUGCGCAACAUUCCGGAGCUUGCAUCGGGCAUGGACAAAUCGGGCACGACCGCGGUCUGUGCGUUCAUCUCGAGCCAGCACCUGUACAUAGCGAACUGUGGCGAUUCGCGCGCUGUACUCUGCCAGAACAGACAGCCCAUUUUCUCCACCCAGGACCACAAACCGAUCCUUCCGGGUGAGAAGGAACGCAUACUGAAUGCUGGCGGGUCGGUGAUGGUGCAGCGAGUGAAUGGUAGCCUUGCGGUCAGCCGAGCGUUAGGCGAUUACACGUACAAGAACGUGCAGAAUCUCGGCCAGUGCGAACAGCUGGUAUCGCCCGAGCCGGAAAUAUUUUGCCGCGAUCGGGAACCGUCCGACGAGUUCCUGAUACUGGCGUGUGAUGGCGUGUGGGAUGUGAUGAGCAAUGACGAACUGUGCCAGUUCGUGCACAACCGGCUCGAGAUAUCGGACAGUCUGGUGGACGUUGCCAACCAGGUAAUUGACACCUGUCUGCACAAGGGCAGCCGGGACAAUAUGUGUAUUAUUAUCAUCGUGUUUCCCGGUGCGCCGACCGUGUCGGAAGAGGCGCAAAAGCGCGAAGAAGCACUGGAGCUACAUUUGCGCAACCGUAUCGAGCAAAUACUUGACAAGAUGGACCCAAUCGAAUACGGUACCCUGCUGAAGGAGCUUGCGAAGGAAGACAUUCCCGAUCUACCGCCCGGCGGUGGAUUGCACGCAAAGUGUUCGUAUGUAUCGAAAAUUUUCAAGGAACUCCAUCCAAAACUGGCGGAAAGUUGUGAAAUGGGGAAAUACUAAGCAAACGACAAGGCAAAAUAAACGAGAAGCAAAAUUGGCAGAAGGUUAGUCUUGUCCGUUUAAAUGAAGGGAAGGAAUAUUGUGCGGUUGAACGGGGAAAAGAGAAAUGGAGGAUGCGUAAGGCAAGAAACCAUCGCGGAUGAGUGCUGUUCCCGGUCAGUCCACCUGUAAAAUCGUUUAAAUCACACUAUGAUCAUGCACAGCUGUUUGAAGAUGCUUAGUAUAUUCGCAAGCGAUGGAUUUGUCUCGGCGGACAUACUAACAAGCAAGGAAGCUUACAGUUUUCUGACCACACAAAAAGUUUCCCUGUCAAAAGACCCAAGAAAAGGAGCGAUAGACAGCGAUACACACACCCGCAUAUACGUAGUAACAAACAUACGCAUCUACCUUCCUAAGCACACGGAACAGAGAUUGUAGUAGUAGCUAAUAAGGCUGUGUUCAUUGUUGCUGUUAGCGAGACGCAAAACAAAUCCGAGUGAAAGACAGGAGCACAACCGGACAGUUUGUCUUCAAAUGGGUGCCAAUGCUGAGGCUUAAGCUCGGUAAGGAAAUUUAGCAACAAGAAAGAACCACAAACAAGCAAACAAAACAAUGCUAUUGUACAGAUACCUGUUGCACUAUUUGUUUCCAAUUGGUAUGAUGUGUCCGGCGUUACAGCCCUAAACACUAAACAGGCAGCAAGCUAAAGAUACAUAAUAGGGAACGGAUUGUUCUGGACGGUUGAACGAGAUGGAGUUAUGGCUUGCGCGCGUACAUUAUAGCGGAACGAACCCAGCAAAUCACCAUACAAUCUAUGUUUAGCGUUUUAUUGUAUUAUUAUUAUGAGCAUAAUUUUAAAACGUAUGAUUUAAGGAACAAUUUCUGCUAAACAAUAGUAAAGUGUAUGUAAGUGUUUAGGAACCUUAUGAAUUAAUGUUUUUUCUUUCUUCUUCUCGAUCUUUCUUUUCUAUACCAUCUCGUGCACGAUCGUAUUUUGUCUUAACUAUAAUUUUUUGUACCUUUUUACUCUGUUAAGCCCCCUAGAUAAGGCUAGAAAAUAGUUUGUUAAAGUGUUGUUGUGAUAGCGCUAGACAAACCCCUCUGCUAACAAUUUCCGCGAGAUACAAGGAUAACGAGGACAACCGUAAAGUCAGAACAAGAAAGUUAGCUACAUAGGCAGUGGGUGAUGUUCGAAGCUUCAAUGCGGAUUAAAUGGUAAAUGGGAAUGGACAAAAGAAAGGAAAAGAAUAACAAAAAAAAACAAAUGAAAGCAAACUUCACCAAACACUGAACAUAAGCAUAGAGGUAAUGUAAAAGUCACAAAAAAGACAUGUUAUUGUAAAGAGAAUAGAGCGAGAAAGCGAGAUUAAGUGAAAAUGGUAACGGGUAGCAAGAGAUAGUAAGCGAAGAGGAAAACAAGAAGCAGAGAGUUGAAGCAGCAAAAACAAACAUAAAAUAUCUUCACCCACAAAUACACAGAUAUUCGUUUUGUUGUUUCUGUUUUCUUGAAGAGAAGUGUUGUGAUACGAUUUAAACGCAUGGACACAAACUGGUCAUUGUGAAACAGAAAGGAAGAUAAAGGACCUCAAUCUGGAGGACGAUUUGGUUCCCCAUGAUUCGAACAGGCCAUGCUGCUGGCCAAAAAGAAAAACAUACAUUCCUCUCUUCGCGUGGAUAGAAUAGAAUCGUACAUCAAUAAACGAUACAACCGAUGGCAUGGAUGAAUGGUCCAGCGGAACAGGAUUUUGGAAGGCGACUUUAUUAUCAAUUGUAGCACGAUUGGGUGCAGUUAAAACACGUACGUUACAUAGCUGUAAAAAAAAGAAAUGCGCGCCACACACAAACACAGUGGAAGUGAAGAAAAACGCAAACGACUCCAUUCGGUUUCCUUCUCUUGUUUCUGUCUUUUUGGGACGUUUGAAUACGCAUUUAGUACAGUUUCAGUUAAGCAUUAUCUGUAUAAAGUUUGAUAAUAAAUCAUCCCCAACCAUAAGUACACUAGAGGAUUGAUUAGAGUGGAAUGGAUUGUGCACAUAAAUGUCCAGCGAAUGGUCCAAUGUGUAACGUGCUUUCGAAAACAGAAUGAAACCCGCACGAUGAUUUCCCGAUGGCAUACAUCUGGAAGCUGUAAAAUUGUUACUAAAUAAUAGAUUCGAUUAUCAUGGGUGGAGGGUUUUAAUACUGUAGACAGUUUGCUAACAGAUGCUCUCCAAAAGAAAAGGUACAAAAUGGCGCAACAAUUUAUCGAACAGAGAGAGAGAAAAAAAUCGCUCGCACGGCCGUACCAAAACCACUUCCACACAAAAAAAGGUUUCCGUUUAGUGUUUUGGAUACAGUACCGAAGAAUGGUUUGCGAUAAAUGUUGCAUGUUUUGUGAUAGAUUUGUCCGACUUAACUGACAAACAGUUAUCAGCCAAAAUAAUAUCACCUGUAUUCCCGAUGAACGGGGAAAAUUGGGGAUAGGAGCACUAAAGCAAACAGACAAAACACAAAGAAAAACGUUUCCUUCACGUUUUGUCCGAUAUCUGUAACUGUGUUUAUGUAUGUAAGUGUGCAUCGGUUCGCUUGCAUAAAAAAUGCGCCAUAUGCGUCUGGCCAUUAAGUAUGUGCAUAGCCAUUGGUACGUAACUACAGAACCCACGAUACAGAACAGAAUUUGCAGAGAAGCAAACGAAUCAAACCAUUCCAUUUCGAAGUAUUAAUUGUAAUAAACAAGUCAUUUGUCCUCUGGACACAGAACACAGAACGAAGAAACAGCAACAGAACAAAAAAACAACGGUAUAAGUGUAUUCCUUCAGGGGCAGUACAGAGUGUACACUCCAAAAUGCGGACUAAAACAAAAAAUGAUCCCUAAAAUGAUAGUGAUUGUAUACUUUGAGGCGCAAUUACGUUCACGAUACACACAGCUUAGAGGAAUUGGGCGCGCCAUACGGGUGAAGUAGUAGUACAUUUAAUGCCGAAUAAGCAUCAUUUCAUUCACAGUCAAAUUUCAUAUGUUGUCUCGCUAGUAUGUCGCAUGCAGGUGCGUUUAUCACCUUCCACCCAACCCCCAGAAAACGUUACUGUGUACGAUGGGCCAAACUUAUAAUCGCGCAAUCAAACUGCGGAGGAAGUAAAUGAGAAAAAAUAGACACAAAAAAAGCGUACUCACCUUUCAUCCGAUUCAAGAAAUAUAUUUUUGCAUAAAAAAAUAUGAGAGCUCGUUAGAGUCACCCACGGGAAGCUGCUGGUGAACGUAGACUGGACACACGUGUGCCCUGAUCCAUUGAGUGUGUAAACUUGUACUAUCAUAGCAAAGCAAAACUAAUCGCGGCAUUUCCGUGUAAAAAAAAAACAACCAAACAAGGGACAUAUAUUAACGUCUGGCUGUCCUUUUACUUUUGCGGAAGUAUCUUCAUCUGCGAAGGAGAAGCAACACAGAAUGGCACCCAAAAAGGGAAUCACAUUCUGUGAUGAGGAAAAGGGCAGCAUCACGGCACUGUAAAUGAAACAAAAAAAAACAAAGAAAAUAGAGUUGGUGUUUUAUUGCUAGAAGACCGUUUGAAAUA